GCUGUCAAGGCCGUAUAAACUGCGACUUGGCCAUGCACGGAAAGGGCCGUAUUUCCCGCACGCGGAUGACUUUGCUGCGCGGAACGUGAACUUUCCCUUAGCUGCACGGGACGUAGAUUUGUCAUAUUUAUAUACUACUUAUAUUAUAUAUACUUAUAUACUUAAUUACGACAUUAUGACAGCGAUCCACUAUAUAAUUAGACUUCCAAAGUAAAUUAAUUGUAAUGCAUGUACCUUUAAAUGAUAUUUCGCAGAAGUAGCAACUAAUGCCUUGGAUAGGUACCCAAUUUAUUUGCUUUUGCAUCUUAGUGUUUAUAUAAGGACAGUCGGAACCUUUAGACGAAAACGGAGAAUACUGAAGGCAUUGAACACACUGAAGACUGGGAAGACAAUUAUUCGGGCUUUCAAAAGUUUCGAAAUGAAUCUCAUUGGGAGCUACCAGCAUCACCAUCUGAUGCACGAGACGUUUCCCUUCGUGCAAAGGUGUCAUCAAGAUAACCCUUACUUCCAGAGCUGGGUGGUAAACCACGCAGAGGUACAGCCAGAUUUCCAGAUCCAGACCUCCUACACUUCAGAGUUCAUGGCGUCGGGGCCUGCACAUGACACCCAGCUGGAUUCACUGGCCGGGCGGAUGGGGAAGAGACGAUCAUCCGGACCGAAGAAGGAGAGACGCAGGACGGAGAGCAUCAACACGGCCUUCGCCGAGCUGCGGGAAUGCAUCCCGAACGUGCCCGCGGACACAAAACUAUCGAAAAUAAAAACGUUAAGACUGGCAACGAGUUACAUCGCUUAUUUAAUGGACGUGCUGGCUAAAGAUGCAGGUGAGACGGAAGGAUUCAAGGCUGAAAUCAAGAAAUUUGACAAUAGAGAUUUGAAGAGGAAACGAGAAAUGAGUGACGAUCAGCAAGAAUCACUAGGAAACGAGAAAAAAUUUAAAGGACGGACAGGGUGGCCCCAGCAGGUUUGGGCCCUGGAACUGAGCCAGUGAAAGUCGCGUGUCUCACAGAGACUCCGUAUUUAUCCGCGUGUCACCUGGAAUACAAAUACUGGUACAGGCCUGCAUCGACGUGCAAACUUAAGAGUUUUAAAAACCACAGGGAACACGCCGAGAGACUUUAAAGAUAAUUUAGGCCUGCCAAUUUUUUUUAACCUUCCUUAAAAUGUGUUCGGUGUUUUUUUUUCCCUACCAAAUGACGACGCUCUCUACAUUUAAUUUAACUUCAUAUGCAUAAAAACGCAAAAUAACGGAAAAAUGUUUUUUUUUGUGUGUUUUGUGUUUUUAAAGGGUGAUUUCUCCCCUCCGAAAUUGUUAUUGAUAUUGGUAAUGACAAGUUAGCACUAUUUUUCCUACUGAGGUGGUAUUGACAAGCAACUAUUGUAUCUGUCGUACUGUAUCCUGUAUAUGUAUGUUUGAAUCUACCUCAAAAUAAUGUCACUAUUAGACUAUCUAAAAUAUAAUAAAUAUAAUUAUCGAGGUUAUUAUAUUUCUUAGCACACGUUACACCUCAACAUGUCUGACUGAUUUGUCGGAUUUCUUUGUUUUAAUUUCUGUAACACAAAAUAGGCUAGUAAAACGCAACCAAACACUCUGUUAAUUACAUAGCUAAUGAUAUUCGACAGGACAGUAAAUAGGGUCCAUGAAACACGCCUAACAUCAAGCUGGCUUAUUAUGAAAUGACCACAGAAAUAUUACUGGUGGCUGUAACGCGUUUCCUAUAAAAAUUAAACCGCAAUGAUCAGUUUUACGAAACACUCGAU